AUGGCACUGUUGAGACGAAUUUGGGUUGAGUCUCUGACUGCACUACUGUUUGUCGUUGAGUUUGGAGGUAACGUUCUCCGCUGGAUUGGUCUAGGCCGGAGGUAUUACACGAAAAAAAAUCGAAUCGACGGCAAAUGCGUGAUUAUUACGGGCGCCAACUCGGGCAUUGGAAAGUACACUGCUAUGGAGCUCAGUCGACGAGGUGCCAAGGUAAUCAUGUGCUGCCGCAGUGAAAGCAGUGGUCGACAGGCAGUGAACGACAUAAAACGGCGCCACCCAGAAGCCUCACUGGAGGUGAUGCAGCUCGAUUUGGCCUCACUCGCAUCGGUGAACCGAUUUGCCGACCAACUGAUUAAACAGGUGAAAACAGUGGACAUUCUGGUGAACAAUGCAGGCGUGAUGAUGACUCCAGCCAGUAAAUCGGCAGACAACUUUGAACUGCAAUUUGCCACCAAUCACUUAGGGCACUUUUUGCUGACACAAAGACUGCUGCCGCUGUUGGCAAACUCCUCUGAUGGACGCAUUCUCAACGUCAGUUCGGUGCAUCAUGUUCGUGGUCAAAUCUUCUUCGAUGACAUUAACUUUGAGAAACCGGGCAGCUACGAUCCAGUGGAGGCGUACUGUCAGAGUAAAAUGGCAAAUGUUCUCUUCAGCAGAGAACUGGCACGACAGCUGCGACUUCAGCCCAAGUAUCGGUCAGUGAAGAGCUACGCACUCAAUCCGGGCACCAUCAACACCAACCUGACCAGACAUGUCACUGGAGGUCGCCGGGUGAUCUUUGAUCUCAUCGGAACACUCUUCAACUUGGACAUCAAAACGGGCACACAGACAACUCUUUACUGUGCAUUAGAGCCUUUGCUGGUUGAUCAGUCUGGUCAUUAUUACAGGUAA